AUGAAGUUACUCAGGGAUAUCAAGAUAUUCGAAUCGCUCAACUGCAUUCUCUGCAAGGAACCGUUUGUGCCGAUUGCAAGACAGCCUCGAUCUCCACGACUUUUGCUUUGUGGAUCGGCGAUGUGUCAUGAAUGUUUCGAGAAGGAAAAGUCGUUGAAACAAGAGGAGAGGGAACAUAAAUGCGAUUACGGCGAAAAAUGCUUCUACAAUCCCAACUUUGCUUACUGUGUGAUUGAUGUGCUAUCACAGGAUUGCUUCACUCUUUCGCCGAUUUUGGGCGGAUAUUUGCUUAUGAAGCCAUUGGUCAAUCCUGAAUGCCCAAUCUGUCACGAUGAAUAUUCGAACAAAGUCGCUUCUAACAAAGAAAAUGGAGAAAAUCGUUGGAAAAAUUGGUUGCAAGUUUUCUUGGACGAAUUGCCUGAAAUGACAUGCCAAUUAGAAGAAAUGAAUAAAUCUGGAUAUCGUUUUUGUGAUGAAUGCAAGAAAUUGGAUAUUGUUGACGAAAUGCAUCACUGUAAGAAGUGCUUGUUGCAGCUAUGUGGGAGCUGUAUCUACAAGAAUCAUCGUUCACACAAGCCAAUCACACUUCUGCAAAAAGAGGAAUUGUCUGAUGGCCUGCAAGGAUUUGAUCAGAAGCUGUUGAAAAAGAAAAGAGAUCUCACAAAUGCGUCGACCUUUGAAGUUUUAAUGGAGAAACAUAAAAAGUGCACAGAACUGAAGACGCAUUUCGAGAAGUGCUCCGAAGAAUACAUGCCCCACGUACGCAAAUACGAAAAAAGAGUCCAAGAAUUGAUGAAAACUCUCGAUAUUGAUCCAAAU